AUGGUGAAUGCAGCAAGUGGUGGAGGGCUAGUGAAUAAGACUCCAGGAGAUGCAACUAGGUUGAUUGCAGAGCUAGCAGAAAAUUCUAGGCAAUUCAGUCAGAGAACUCCCACGCGCCGGGUGAAUUUAGCAAAUUCGAAUACAACUGAGUUAGAGAGUCAAGUAGCUGAUUUGACUUCUAUGAUGUGUGAGUUCAUGGUGAACUCAAGGAAUCCACAUCAACUGAAUGCUUGUGGUUUAUGCACCUCCAUGGGACAUCCCACUGAUGCAUGUCCUCAAUUACAAGAGGAGCAGAAUGAGCAGGCCAACGCCUUAGGUUUUCAAGGGCAAGGUCCGCAGAGAAGAUAUGAUCCCUUUUCAAAUACCUACAACCCAGGAUGGAGAGAUCAUCCAAAUUUGAGAUAUGGGAAUUCCCAAGGAAACCAACAACAUCAGCAUGCUCAAGGUCAACAACAGUUUCAGCAAUAUAGGGCACCGUUCCUAACACCUCAAGGCCAAAGCUCUAAUUCAGGUAAUAUGUCAACUGAAGAAAUGAUUAGAUCACUAACUUCUAAUGUUUCUACCAUGCAGCAGAAUAUGAUGCAGUUUCAACAAGAAACCAGAUCAAGUAUUCAAAACCUGGAGAAUCAAGUCAGUCAAAUCUCAAGUGCAGUAAGCCGACUUGAAGCUAAGGACUCUGGAAAGCUUCCAUCCCAAACGGAGCUGAACCCUAAGAAACAAGUUAAUGCAAUAACAUUGAGAAGUGGCAAAAAGUUGCAAGAAACUGCAGUUGCAACUAAGAGGGCUAAAGACUUGAUUGGAACUGAAGAGCAAGAAGUAGAACAUGAAGCUGUGGCGAAUCCACCAACUUUUCCCUCUUAUGAACCCACACCACCUUUCCCUGAAGCCUUGCAAGAUACUCGAAGGUAUGAGAAAGACAAGGAUAUUUAUGAGACUUUUAGCAAAUGUGAGGUAAAUAUUCCCCUCUUGAAUGUGAUUAAAAGUAUUCCUCGUUUUGCUAAGUUUAUGAAAGAACUGUGUACUAUCAAGAGAAAGCAUAGGUUGGGAGGAAAAGAGAAGGUAAAGGUGAGUGCUCAUGUUUCUGCGGUUUUCCAAAAGAAAAUCCCAGAAAAAUGUGGUGAUCCUGGUAUGUUUAUUGUUCCUGUUACAAUAGGAGACACCACAUUGCACCGAGCUAUGUUGGACCUAGGUGCAUCAAUCAAUGUCAUUCCCUACUCCCUGUUUAAAUCUUUAAAACUUGGACCUUUAUAUGGAACUGGGGUAGUGAUUCAGUUAGCGGAUAGGUCUAAUGUGUAUCCUAAGGGGGUGGUGGAAGAUGUGUUGGUUAAGGUUGAUGGUUUGAUUUUUCCUGUUGACUUUUAUGUGCUUGACAUGGAACAUGACAAACAAGCAGUCCCCAUCUUGUUAGGAAGACCUUUCUUGAAGACUGCUAAAACAAAAAUCGAUGUGUCUACCGGUUCCUUGACUAUGGAGGUUGAUGGGAAAGCAAUUGGGUAUAACAUUUAUGAUUCCAUAAAGUAUCCUGUCAACACUCAUUCUUUAUGUUCUCUUAAUGUUGUCGAUCCAAUGGUGCAUGAUGUUCCUAACAAUGAUCGUGGGGAUGAGUUCCUCACACCUAUAACUAAUGUUGUAUCUGGUGAUUGCUUGGAUUUCUCUAUACCUACUAAUGUGCAGGUGAAGGUGGCGGAAUUGAAUGAACAGUCCAAGCUUCCACCUAUACCACUAGGGGCAACACCCACCCCGUCAUCAUUUCCGAGCAAGAAAUUAUCCCAGGUAUACCACAAAGCAAAGAAUAAGGUGUGGCAUGACAAGAUGAGCUCCCGUUGGAAGGGUCCAAUUCAAGUUGACAAGGUCUAUCCGCAUGGAGCGGUAGAAAUUCGGAGUUUAGAGACCAACAACAUGUUCAAAGUGAAUGGAAAAAGGCUCAAACCAUACUACGAAGGGUUCAAGGUCGAGAAUUUGGAGAAAAUCGAUCUCUACGAGCCAUCAAUUGAUUAA